AUGAUAUCUUCUCGGCUAGAUGAGCGUUUUGAGUGUGGUAAACGAUUGAAGACACGCAUAGGCCAUGAGAAGGAGUCAGACUUGGAUAAGAUGCGGAGACUAGACGAAAAGGUCCAAAACGCUAUCAACAGCGUAAAAAGGGCAAUUAGCCUAGGGAAUUGUAUAUCUUUAUCCGCAAGGGAGUUAGCGGAUUUGCUUGAAAGGAAGAAAAGCCCACCAGCUAAGGUUAUGGAUGCUGUACUAAAAUUUUCACGGCACAUGCUGCGUAAGGAUGUUGAAGAUGGCGUCGGACUAAGAGUUGAUAUUCUGGACUCCAAGUUUGUGUCGCAGCUCACCAAACUCUAUCCUAGGUUCUCUAAGUGCGAAAACUGGGAAGAAUUUCGUUUCAACAGAGCUGUUGUGGAUCUUUUAACUGGGAAGGAUGAGCCAGAUCGGGUGGAACUCUAUGCCGAAGCAGAUAUCAUAUACCUACCCUUCAACUUUGACCAGCGCCAUUGGGUGUCCCUUGCGGUGGAUUUGGUUGAAAAGAAGAUCGGAGUGCUGGAUUGCAACGUCAGUCUCAAGCCGGACCAUAGACUCGUGAGCGAUCUUCAACCUAUUGCAACAAUGCUUCCUUACCUUUUCUAA